CCGCUGCUGAAAUAAACAUAAAACCCUAGAUCUGAGCGCUUUGUGCGUGCCCCAAAUUCCCAGUCUCCCCGUCCUUCCCCGAUUUCUGAUGGGGGAGCCGAGGCGGAAGAUAACUAGGGGUGAGUAACUUUUCUGCGGGAAGUUGGAGAAGUUUCAAGGGAGAUCAGCUCAAGAUGGAAACCGCAACCCAGGCACUCCGGACUGGCUUCAACUCCCGCUUGCAAAAAGAGAAAGUCGAUCCCGCCUUCCUGCCCAACAAAAAACAACAACAUAACAACAAGAACCCCGAAGGGGGUGGAAGGAAUGAUGUCACAGAGCUGAGGCUGACAAAGGGGGGUGCCGCUCCCCGCCCCCCCGGCGCCGCGAUCUACCGAAGAGAGGGGCGCUGGCCGCGCCGGGGUAGCGAAGCGAGUGGACUCGAAACUUUUCCUCUUUAAGAGAAGAAGAAAAAAAAAAGAAGUCGCAAGCGCCUUGGAGUGGGGUUAUUCCCCCCCUCCGCCUCUGUCCUCGUCCCCCCUCCCCCCUUCUUCCUUUUGAAAGUUUUUUUUUUUCCCCUCCCGAGUUUGACCGCAUGGCUGAUUCAACCUCAGUGUCAAUCAACUUUUUUCCCCUCCUCUUCCUCAUUUAAAUAAGUUUAAAGCUCCACCUUCUCGGGCCUUGUAAGUCUCAAAACUUUAUAAAUUGCGCUUUGCGCGCCGCUGGCCGGGAGAGUUAGAGAAAGGCGAGGGGCGCAGGGAGCUGGCGUGUGGGACUCCAGAGCGGAGAGCCGGAGGCUGCGCCUUCCCCGCACCGGGACCUUCGCAACACACCACAUCCUCGCCCCUGCCUGGUCUGAGCGCCCAGGAUGACCACCCUCAUGCCUGCCACCAUCUUCGACUUGAGCGAAGUUUUAUGCAAGGGUAACAAGAUGCUCAACUACAGUACUCCCAGUGCAGGGGGCUGCCUGCUGGACAGGAAGGCUGUGGGCACCCCUGCCGGCGGGGGCUUCCCUCGGAGGCACUCUGUCACCCUGCCCAGCUCCAAGUUCCACCAGAACCAGCUCCUUAGCAGCCUCAAGGGUGAGCCGGCCCCAGCCCUGAGCUCCCGGGACAGCCGCUUCCGAGACCGCUCUUUCUCGGAAGGGGGCGAGCGGCUGCUGCCCACUCAGAAGCAGCCAGGGAGUGGCCAGGUCAACUCCAGCCGCUACAAGACGGAGCUGUGCCGCCCCUUCGAGGAGAAUGGCGCCUGUAAGUACGGGGACAAGUGCCAGUUCGCCCACGGCAUCCACGAGCUCCGCAGCCUGACCCGCCACCCCAAGUACAAGACGGAGCUGUGCCGCACCUUCCACACCAUCGGCUUUUGCCCCUACGGGCCUCGCUGCCACUUCAUCCACAACGCCGAGGAGCGCCGCGCCCUGGCCGGGGCCCGGGACCUCUCCGCUGACCGUCCCCGCCUCCAGCAUAGCUUUAGCUUUGCUGGGUUUCCCAGUGCCGCUGCCACCGCCGCUGCCACCGGGCUGCUGGACAGCCCCACGUCCAUCACCCCACCCCCCAUCCUGACCGCUGAUGAUCUCCUGGGCUCACCUACCCUGCCCGAUGUCACCAAUAAUCCGUUCGCCUUCUCCAGCCAGGAGCUGGCGAGCCUCUUUGCCCCUAGCAUGGGGCUGCCCGGGGGUGGCUCCCCGACCACCUUCCUCUUCCGGCCCAUGUCUGAGUCCCCUCACAUGUUUGACUCUCCCCCCAGCCCUCAGGAUUCUCUCUCGGACCAAGAGGGCUACCUGAGCAGCUCCAGCAGCAGCCACAGUGGCUCAGACUCCCCCACCUUGGACAACUCAAGACGCCUGCCCAUUUUCAGCAGACUUUCCAUCUCAGAUGACUAAACAAGGGUCUACAGGAAGGAAUGCUGAAAAAAAGCGGAUGAAGAUUGUGACAUAAGUGGGACUUUGUGAUUUAUUAUUAUUAUUAUUAUUUUUUUGUCUUUUUUUUUUUUUUAAGUGGGGAGGAAGGGGAAGCUAGAUGGACUAUGAGAGACUUGAUUUUGGUGCUAAAGUUCCCCAGUUUAUAUGUGACAUCUUUAAAAAGAAAAACAACAGAAAAAAAAUGAGAGAAAAGCU